AUGGCUGACGAUCCUCCAAAAUUCAACUUCGGCGGAACUCCCUCAACCAGCUCAUCGUCGACUUCAGGCCUUUUUGGGACCUCAAAACCUUCAGGUAGCACGCUUUUCGGCAGUACCACCGGUCAGGGGGCAGGUAGUAACCUCUUUGGGAACACCGAUACAAGCAAAUCUUCUGGAAGUGGCUUCAGUUUCGCUGGGUUUGGAGCCGUGAGCACAAGCGAGAACAAGCCGUCAAAUGGAGCUACGGCAAACAACAAAGCGGCUGGUGGGUUUGAAGGCUUCGGUGCUGGCUCGACCACUCCAUCCUUCGGUGGUAUAGGGGGCUCGCAGACCCCUCCUAAACCUUUCUUCGGCACCGGUUCCAGUUCAGCUCCUAGACAGUCUCAAGGCCUUUUUGGAAACGUUUCAACAGGCGGCGCAACUUCAUCAGCACCUACUGGCUCAACAACUCCUGCGCCAUCAGGCUUCUCAUUCAAUCCAACUACGACACCUGCCGGUCCACCACCAACAAACAUCUUUGGUGGAAGCACUGGCGGAAACAACUUGUUUGGGAGCAAGGACAAAGACAAGGACAAGUCCGCCGCCAAUCCUUUUCAGCCAGCCGGAAUCUCAGGUAGUGUAGCUUCCACUCAAGCCCCGGCGCCUGGUGGUAACAUUUUUGGAGGAGACACCGCCAAACAACCGCUUCCUCCAUUCUCUUUAAGCAAGCCAGGUGAGACCUCGCAAGGCACAAGUACGGCAACAACGACAAAUGCAGAACCCAAGAAGUCACUAUUUGCUAGCCUCGAUCAGAAAACUUCCAAUACUACAUCAUUGACAACGCCAUCCAGCAAUCCUCAGAAGCCACUCUUUAGUGGUCUCGGCCAGAAUCCUUCUAAGAUACCGUCUUCGUCUACUCUAACAACCUCUUCUGCGGCUCCUUCUCUUUUCUUUCAGCAGCCUACGACGUCCGGAUCUACAGACACAUCUAAAGUAUUUCAAUUUCCCUCUACUAAGCCUGUCGCCUCUGAAACCGCUGCAUCAGGUGGAGAACCGUCAAGGCCAGUCUUCGGCGGGCUUCCUACACAAACGCCAUCGACGAGCGCACCAUCAUUUGGAAAUAUUUUGAAUAAAACCCCUCUAACCUCAUCCUCCACACCUGGUGCCAAUGUCUUCAGCAUAGGUACCACACUUCCUACGACAUCAGGCUCUCAAACGCCCACCUCAACCACUUCAGCAACAGCAACUACCAGCGCACCUUUCAGCAGUCCCUUCAAAGUUCCGGACAAACCCGCCUCCGCCACCACAACAACGACAACCGCGACAUCACAAUCUGCAACCACCAGCACCACAGCUCCAGCAUCAACCUCAACAGCAGGGGGUCCAACAGGCAGUCUAGGGGCGUCCGUCCUCGGCGCCUCCACAACUGGACCCACUCCACCCGCCCAGUCCCGCCUCCGCAAUAAGACCAUGGACGAGAUUCUCACCCGCUGGGCGUCCGACCUCACAAAAUACACCAAAGAAUUCCAAUCCCACGCCGAGACCGUCGCACAAUGGGACCAAUUGCUGGUGGAGAACAUGUCUAAGAUCAGCAAGCUGUACAUCUCGGCCGUGACGGCAGAAAAGCAGACCGCGAGCGUAGAGAUGCAGCUGAGCGCUGUGGAGAACCAGCAAAACGAGCUGGAGAGCUGGUUGAGCAAGUAUGAAGGGGAGGUGGAUGAGAUGCUGGCUAAAAAUGGGGCCGGGCAGGGGAUGGAAUUGGGGGGUCCGGAUCAGGAGAGGGAAAAGACAUACAAGUUGGCAGAGAAGUUGAACGAGAGAUUGGAGGGUAUGGGGCGUGAUCUGGCCACUAUGAUUGAGGAGAUUAAUGCGGCGAACGCUGGGUUGAGUCGGACGACAAAGGCUGAUGAGCCGGUAAGUUCUUAUCGAUCUUCCCCCUACGUUCCUAUCGUUAUGGAAUCAUAUGCUGAUCGAUGGAAUGUCAUUUUCACUCUACAGAUCACGCAGAUCGUUCGCAUACUCAAUUCACAUCUCAGCCAAUUACAGGCUAUCGAUCAGGGCACCGUAGCGCUGCAAGCGAAGGUCAAUGCGGCACAAAAGGCAAGCCAAGGGUUAGGCUUUCCUGGAAUGAAUGGAAGCAAUGGCGCGGGAGGCAGCGCAACGGAAGACUUCUAUCGCAGCUACAUGGGUAGAAGAUGA